CCCUUCUCAGGAUUAGCGGUGCUCAGGCCCAGGAGCAACAUGGCGGCGUCCGUGAGGGACUAGUUUUGGGAAAAGGUAGUGCUUGGUGCCGCUCAUUUUGGGACAUUGACAAACUGGAGCUUUCUGCGACCACCCGAUUGAAGGAAGCGUGCCACUGAUAGGUGGACUGCUUUAGUGAUCGGCUCUCCGUUCUCACUCCCAAUUAGGAGCGGAGCCCUGAGCCCUGAGCAGCAUGAGCAACAUCUACAUCCAGGAGCCUCCCACGAAUGGGAAGGUUUUAUUGAAAACUACAGCUGGAGAUAUUGACAUAGAGUUGUGGUCAAAAGAAGCUCCCAAAGCUUGCAGAAAUUUCAUUCAGCUUUGUUUGGAAGCAUAUUAUGACAACACCAUUUUUCAUAGAGUUGUACCUGGUUUCAUAGUCCAAGGGGGAGAUCCUACUGGCACAGGGACUGGUGGAGAGUCUAUCUAUGGAGCCCCAUUCAAGGAUGAAUUCCACUCACGGUUACGUUUUAAUCGGAGAGGGCUGGUUGCCAUGGCAAAUGCUGGUCCUCAUGAUAAUGGCAGCCAAUUCUUCUUUACACUGGGUCGAGCAGAUGAACUUAACAAUAAGCACACCAUUUUUGGAAAGGUUACAGGGGAUACAGUAUAUAACAUGCUACGGCUAACAGAAGUAGACGUUGAUGAGGAAGAAAGACCACGCAAUCCACAUAAAAUAAGAAGUUGUGAGGUUUUGUUUAAUCCUUUUGAUGACAUCAUUCCCAGAGAAAUAAAAAAGCCAAAAAAAGAGAAACCAGAGGAGGAAGUAAAGAAAUUGAAGCCCAAAGGCACAAAAAAUUUUAGUUUACUUUCAUUUGGAGAGGAAGCUGAAGAAGAAGAGGAGGAAGUAAAUCGAGUUAGUCAGAGCAUGAAGGGAAAAAGCAAAAGUAGUCAUGACUUGCUUAAGGAUGAUCCCCAUCUCAGUUCUGUGCCAGCUGUUGGAAGCGAAAAAGGUGAUGCAGCAGGAGAUUCAGCUAAUGAUGGAGAAUAUGAAGGUGCAGAGCAUGAUGAAUAUAUUGAUGGUGAUGGGAAGAAUCUGAUGAGAGAAAGGAUUGCAAAAAAAUUAAAAAAGGACACCGGUGCAAAUGUGAAGUCCACUGGAGAGGGAGAAGUGAAGAAGUUGGUUACCCGCAGUGACGAGCUCCGAAAAGAAGCAAGACAGUUAAAGCGGGAACUGUUAGCAGCAAAACAAAAAAAAGUAGAAAAUGCAACAAAACAAGCAGAAAAAAAAAGUGAAGAUUGUCUCAAGGGGAGAACUAAUAUCGUCAUUAAAAUUUUGAUUAUAACCAGCAUUCUCAUUUGGGAGUGGAGUUGUUAACUAUUCCAGACUGCUGUCAAGACCUUAUUUUAAGUAAGAUGUUUUUCUUUUAUGUGACACUUUAUGAGGUUUUGCCAAAAAUGACAUCAAACAUAUAAUUCAUUUGAGUGCUGAGUUUCUUCCACAUCUUGCAGCACUUAAUCAAAUUUGAAAAAGAUAAUCUCUUCACAACUUUAGAGUGUAAACCUGUGAAUGUGUUGCAUUAAAACUUACUUUAGACAGUUUAAUCUGUGUGGUAUUGGGUUGAUUUUUUUUUUUUAACGAUUAAUGCAAUAUGCUGACAGUUUUGAGCGGCUAUAUUUUCAAAAUUCUUCAUAUAAACUCCUGGCAGAUGGUACAGAUGCAGGUUUUAAGUAUUUAUAAUUUUUCAUGCAAAAAACGAUAAUCUCUAAAUUAUAUUAAAAACUACAUGAAAGAAUUUGAAAUGCCAGAAAGGACAGAGAAUAAAGAAGUUCUCAGAAUGUGAAAAGAUGUCAAAAUGUUAAGAAUCCUUAAGACUCUAUUUUGAUGUACAAAAGUAGUUUAAAGUAGUUUAUAUUGAUUUUUUUAAUGGUCUCACAGUAUGCUUAUUUAAAGCAUGCUGCAGUAUUUUUAAAAUGUGAAAGUGGCCUAGCCUUAAGAAAUGUCAUGAGCAUCAGAAACUCUGAUCUUUAGUGUGGUCUAUUUACAGUGAAUACUUCUGUGCAGUCAUCAGAGUUUUGGUCCUGAAAGGCACAUCCAGCCCUACCUUUCCAUCAUAUACAUAGAGAGCCAAAGGCCAGCCAAUAAAAGGGCUUACCCAAAUCACACAGCAAACUCCUAAGUCCUCUGGCUGCCAGUCCAGUGCUGUUUCCACAACUCUGUUCUUCAAUUUGAUCCAACCUUGAGUAGAUACAGUCUGUAAAAUUUUAAUUGGUAUCUAUUAAAAUCUACUUUGGUUUUGGUGAGAAUAAUUGUUUCUAAAAGUCUUUCUUCAAACCUAGAGCCUUUUAAAGAACAUAUUAUUGUCAUACUUGUGUCUUUUCAAAGACUAAACAUGAAAUUUUGCAAUGACUGGCAAAAAAAUUUAAAUAUUAUAGAAAAUGUUAAUUUCUGGCAACAUGGCAGACUGAGUCCAAACUGAUCCUCCCACUGAAAACAACUAAAAAUGUUGUAUAUAGCAUAAAA